UUAGCGAUCGUCACCAUCCUUUCAGGAUCGCAUCCCCAUUCCUCUUCCUUCAACUUCUUGGGGUCCUUUGGGAGUCAGGUCAGCUCAUCGACGUUGAUCGCCUAUCUAUUGGAUCAACCAUGACCUCGGCAUGGGCGAACUGGUACCACUCCUAUACACCACCACCAUGCGCAGUCAUGGACCUCUGCUUAGCGCAGAAGUGGUCUUAACCACUGCGGAACCCGGUACGGCUUUGGGCCUUGCCUUAGGAAGACUCUUGUCGCAACAGCGUCGGGGCCUAACCCCAAGUUCACCUUUUCCAAGGCCAUGUCGGCUGCCGAUUGGUACCAAAUGGUAUAAAGAGUGCCCGAUUGCGAGAGUUAGGUGAGGGCUGGGUGGAAUUGGAGGGGGGAGUCGAUGAAGACAAGGCACGGUGUCAUUCCUUUUCACUUAGAUUUCUGCUCUAUUGGCUGAACUGCUACUGCUACUGCUACUGCACUGAGGAUGGUGUAACAACCUGAUGGGACAGCAUCGAAUGCUACCGACAGGUGGGAGGGGCCCUGCCCUGCUGUCAUGCGAUCGCUAGCUCGUUUUCGCUUAGUACGUACCACCACCCCUGGGCACAGGGGUAAAGCCGGGAGGUGUACUGCCGCCCAAGCAUUUGUAUAGACUUUGUUGUCACUACGUGUUCGUAGAUGUAGGUCAAAGUGGGACAGCUCGUAGAGUACUAGUAGGGUAUGACCCCGCGGAUGGUUCCGAUCUCCAAAUGGCGGGCCUAAAGUCCGCGUAAUAACAUUGG